AAAUACCCAGGGGGCAAACGGCCCCGCUCCCUCUUCUCUCUCGCUUUCCCUUCACGCUCGCCAAGACGAAAGGCGGCCGCGGCGGGGAGCGCGCGGCACGGCGGAGUGGUUUCUCCACGCCCGACGCAUCCCUCUCCUCCGCCUCGGCGCCUCCCUCUCCCGGUGGUUCAGGGCCUUGCUUCCUUAAGGAGCUUAUUUCCUGUUCCUGUCAUGGGUUUGGAACAUUUGACGAGUUCUGCUAAUCCUUCAUCAGGUUUCACGUUGUAUGGAAAUGAAGCAAUGGAGGAAACAAAAAGGCUACAGGGUCUGAGAGCAGAAACUUUGAUGGAAACCUGCCAAAGCACAGAGAGUAGAGAUGGAAUGAUCAGAUGUCCAAUUCCGUGCAAAAGCAGCAGGUGGUAUAGGGAACGUGAAUUGAGAGCUGCACAAGAUCUUUCUGAUUUCAUUCUGAGCAAGGCUUCACCUCCGUACUUUGUGGGGUCACCACCAGUUCGUGCAACCAAUCCACUUGUUCAUGAUGCACAAUUCUGUGCGUGGAAGGUGCAAAGUGUUGAUCAGUCACUAGGAAUUCCUAUACCAACCAAGGGCUACAACGCUCGCUACUGUGCAGGGAAAGGAUCUGUUACGAAGGCUUGAAGCUAUAUUUAUCUGUUUCAUGGCCACUCAGCGACGUAGUUGUAACUCUGCUUCUCUCAGCAAGGCUAACUUGUACAUACGAGUAAUUGUGCCUUUUUGAAGGUGUGAGGUCUUAUUUGAGUGUUUAGAGUAUGUCAUCAGCAGUGUUGUAAAUAUUUUUUGCUCGGUUUUUUUGUUAGUGGAGCUAGUUUUGGUGGUACUGGUAAACUUUGUUGUUGAGAAAUGAGGUAACCUGAAUGAAAAUGUUUGCCAUUCUUCA